CUGGUUAAUACCAUUUACUUCAAGUGCCUUUGGAAGUCCAAGUUCAGCCCUGAGAACACAAGGGCAGAGCAGUUCCACAAGGCUGGUGGGGAGUCAUGUUCAGCUUCCAUGAUGUACCACGAAGGCAAAUUCCCAUACCGGCGGGUGGCAGAGGGCACUCAGGUGCUGGAGCUGCCUUUCAAGGGGGAUGACAUCACCAUGGUGCUCAUCCUGCCCAAACUGGAGAAAAGUCUGGCCAAAGUGGAGCAGGAACUUACCCCAGAAGUGCUGCAGGAGUGGUUGGAUGAGCUGGAUGAGGUGCUGCUGGCUGUGCACAUGCCCCGCUUCCGCAUUGAAGACAGCUUCAGCGUGAAGGAGAGGCUGCAAGAUAUGGGCCUUGUGGACCUGUUCAACCCUGAAAAUUCCAGGCUCCUAGGUAUUGUUGCAGGAGGCCGAAGUGACCUGUAUGUCUCAGACGCGUUCCAUAAGGCAUUUCUUGAGGUGAAUGAGGAAGGCAGUGAAGCUGCAGCAAGUACGGGUCAUCGGAAUAGCUGGGCACUCACUGAACCCUAACAGAGUGACCUUCAAGGCCAACCGGCCCUUCCUGGUUCUUAUAAGAGAAGUUGCUCUGAAUACUAUUAUCUUCAUGGGCAGAGUGGCCAACCCCUGUGUUAAUUAAAGUGUUCUUACUCUGC